AUGAUCACCGAGUACUGGUCCCUAGCACCACGAAGAGGUGCUGCACGUCGCCAGGGGGAGCACAAGAUUUACCUCACGGGGCUCAUGGCAAUGAGGGAGCACAAGAUUUACCUCACGGGGCUCAUGGCAAUGAGGGAGCACAAGAUUUACCUCACGGGGCUCAUGGCAAUGAGGGAGCACAAGAUUUACCUCACGGGGCUCAUGGCAAUGAGGGAGCACAAGAUUUACCUCACGGGGCUCAUGGCAAUGAGGGAGCACAAGAUUUACCUCACGGGGCUCAAGGCAAUGAGGGAGCACAAGAUUUACCUCACGGGGCUCAUGGCAAUGAGGGAGCACAAGAUAUACCUCACGGGGCUCAUGGCAAUGAGGGAGGGCAGGAAGCCUGCUCCUAGUCUCCCAUCGUGGGAGCAUAUCGCUCUUUUAUCUCUUCCCAAUACGGCACUCAACAAGUACCAUUAA